GAUCCUAAUAAAUGGGAGGACUUGGUGGUGUGCUAUGCUUGGAAUCCGAGAAUCACGAUAAAAGAAGAGUUACGAACUCUGAAGGACAAUACUCUCUCGCUUUGGAGGGAGGACACGCAAUCAUCCGCACCUGACACCUACAUUGAAGACGCCUUCGUUGAUUGUUAUUCUGAUUAUCUCAAUCGUCUUGAAGUGAAGAAAACCAAUGGUUCUGUCACUAGAUGGAUUUUCAUGUCCCCAUUUGUGCAAAACUUGCUGUCAUUUGACGAGGAGAAUGAAGUCGUCCAACCAGGAGAUACAGAGCCUACUCAAUUUCCUGUGCGGAGAAUGUUAAUUGAUGAGUUUGAGACAAUCGCU